AUGGCGAUGAUGAUGGCUGGCCGUGUGCUGCUGGUGUGUGUCCUCUGCGUGCUGUGGUGCGUUGCCGGCGGUGUUUAUGCGAGGGACGUUGACACCAACGCACUGGGUGGCUGCAUGGCGUCGGGAGUGUUGGGUGAGAAUGGAUCCCACAUGCCUGACGGAUAUAAUAAAACUGCGAUUACGGUGCUUUUGCGGUCAGUACUGCCCAUUACUGCCGUCGAAGCCUCGGAUGGAGGAGAUUCUGCUGGUGGUACACAGAACAGUUCGAAUUCAAGUGAGACUUCCGACGCUGGUGCUUCUACUGCUAGUGGUCCUGGUGCUUUUGCUGCUGGAGAUUCUGGCUCUGGAGAUUUUGAUGCUGGUCCAGGGGCUCCUGCUGCUCCUGGUGGUGGAGGCAGUGGAACUUCUGCUGGCGAUCAUGGCGCCGGCAGCGUCUCUUCUGGUUCAUCUGAAGGACCUUCCGCUCCUCCUGUUGCUCCUCCUGUUGCUUCUCCUGCUCCUCCUGGUACUUCUGGUGGUCCUUCCGCUUCUGUUGAUGCUACUGUUGUUGAUACUUCGGCUGGCCGAAGUGGUGGUACAGCGGGGUCACCAGGCACUAAUCCAUCUAACACAAUAGGGGACUCUCAAACAGAAGAUCAGACGCCUGCUGCAGAGGCUAACGACUCCUCGCUACCCGAAGGAGCGGCAGGGACGACAUCCGGCACUGAACACACACGAAAAGAAGAAGAAGAAGAGGAAGAAGAAAAUGAAAAGCAGCAGCAAAGUGAUGAAACACAAGUCCAACAGCAACAACAGCAUGAACACCCCGCGGAAAGUGGCGAAGAAUCCGCGAAAGAUAAAAACGCCCUUCGUACAAAUGCCACCGCAAAUACAGGCGACAGUGACAGCAGCACCGCGGUCUCCCACACCACCUCCCCUCUUUUGCUUCUUCUUCUUGUUGUUGUGUGUGCGGCUGCUGCUGCGGUGGUGGCCGCGUGA